CUCCAGGAACGAAGGUUUCCAUUGGCGCCGCUCGGCCUUCUGGGAGCUGUAUUUGCAGCGUCGCCCGCGCAGCCGCCAUUGUCCCCGGGCAGCGAUUCCCCAAAUCCUUGUUGGGGGGUGGCUCUUGGGUUCGGAGUCGCCAAGGGUUCCUGUCCUCACCUGUCUGCCCAGGAUGGACCCCGAGGAGGAAGCAGCGGCGUUGGCGAUGGCUACGGGUCCCCCGGAGGAACGGCUUCAGGAGCCGGUGACUUUCCGGGACGUGGCCGUGGACUUCACCCAGGAGGAGUGGGGGCGGCUGGGCCCUGCCCAGAGGAUCCUGUACCGAGACGUGAUGCUGGAGACCUUUGGGCACCUGCUGUCCGUGGGGCCUGAGCUUCCCAAACCCGACGUCAUCUCCCAGCUGGAGCAAGGGGCUGAGCUGUGGGUGGCUGAGAGAGGAAUUGCCCAGGGCUGCUGUCCAGGCUGGGAGCCUGGGCCCGAAGGUGGAGCGCCGGCCGGGGGCCUGGGCCUCCCUGCGGAGAAGCGGCGGGAAGGCUUCCUGCGGGAGGCGGCCUGUCCCGCCGCCGCCGCCGCCCCGGGGGAAGACGGGGCCUGUGAGGGCCGGGCAGCCGUGCCCGAGAAGGACCAGGGUGGUUGGAGGCGGUCGGACUUCGGCCUCAAGGAAACACCGGUUCGGGGCGGCAGUUGCGAGAGCCUCAGGCGUGCGGAGAGCAGCGGCCUGGGCUCGAGCCCCAGUCCGCUGCCGGAGGUUUCCAGGACCGAGCAUCUGUGCGCUCGCGGCCUGCGGGCUCCCGACGCCGAGCCACACCCCGCCAGCGCUGGGGAGCAGACCUCGGCCGGGCCUCCCGGGGCUGGGCGGGCCACGCCAGUGGGGGCCCGGGCUCCAGACAAGCCCUACAAGUGCGCCGACUGCGGGAAGGCCUUCAACCACAACGCGCACCUCACGGUGCACAAGCGGAUCCACACGGGCGAGCGGCCGUACACGUGCAAGGAGUGCGGCAAGGCCUUCAGCCAGAACUCGUCCCUUGUGCAGCACGAGCGCAUCCACACGGGCGACAAGCCCUACAAGUGCCCCGAGUGCGGCAAGUCCUUCUGCCACAGCACGCACCUCACGGUGCACCUGCGCAUCCACACCGGCGAGAAGCCCUACGAGUGCCAGGACUGCGGCCGCGCCUUCAACCAGAACUCGUCACUGGGCCGCCACCGGCGCACGCACACGGGCGAGCGGCCGUACGCCUGCAGCGUGUGCGGCAAGGCCUUCUCGCGCACCACCUGCCUCUUCCUGCACCUGCGGACACACACGGCCGAGCGGCCCUAUGAGUGCAACCGUUGCGGGAAGGGCUUCCGGCACAGCUCCUCGCUGGCCCAGCACCAGCGCAAGCACGUGGGUGAGGGGCCCCUCGAGGGCCUUCCCAGGCUGGUGUUCGAGGCGCCGGCACUGGCGCAGCCCACGUGGCCCGAGCCCGCGGCACCCGGGAAGAGGGCCCCGCGCAGCGACAGGCCCUUCAAGUGCGGCCAGUGCAGCAAGUGCUUCGCUCAGAGCUCGCACCUCAUCCGGCACCAGAUCACGCACACCAGAGAGGAGCCGCGGGGCCGGGGCCAGGGCCGGCCGCGCCUGCAGGCCGGCCCGAGCCCGCCCCUCAGCCGGCAGCAGCUCCCGGGCCCCAGGGCCGGGCCGAAGGCAGGACAGCCGGUGAGCAGGGCCCUCGCCCUGUUCGACAUCAGCAAAAUCGCGCAGGAGAAAAGCCCUGUGCAUGUGAUUGGGGUGGAAGAGCCUUCGGUGGGCACGUCCGUGCUGCUUGACAUCGGGGAGUCCACCUAGGGAGGAAGUUCUGCGGGUGACUUUUGAACCAUGGGCGCAGAGAUGUGUCUUUCAUAUGUUGGGGAAAACAAACAACAGGAUAGCCUAUGUUUGGUCCCAUCCUGAGCCUGCCCGUCGGACCCCGGCCUGGUGGAAUGACUCCUGAUUCGGCGGCGGCGCCCGCCUGUGCCAAGGGGCCUCGUGAGAGCUGGGGCUCCGGCUCGGCUCUCAGAGUCCAUCGGUCUCCAGCACAGCUCCCUGUCUCGCGCAGGGUCUCUGCCCCAAGACCCUCAGACAGCCCUGCUCUCAGCUGCGCUGCCGAGGAGAGCCAGCCUGCGGGGAGCUGGUUCAUCUCUGCCCCAUCUGGGCGACGCCGGGCAGUUGGGCGAGGCCCUUCUUCCGUUCGCCGCUGGAGGCGCCGCCUAGGCCAUCGUCUCCUUUCUGCCGGUUUUCCUUCUGAGGAAGGCAGAGCCUCUGACCUGGGCCUGGGCUGUUCUUGGCGUGAGGCCGUGAGGUUUGAGGUGCGAUCCUCAGUGUCCCAGCACAGAGGGUGCAGCCACCCAGGGCCGAGGCCUGCCUGCUUCCAAGCGAGCGCAAAAGGCCGGGAGGACUGUCCCCACGCGAGCCGCCCGUCCUGCCGAGACUCGCCGGCGGCUGCCCUCAUCCGCAGCGCGCGUGCCUGUGUCUGCGGUGCCACCGCAGACACCUCCUCAGGCAGCUCCAUCCCUGCCGUCAGCGCGGGGAAGCGAUCGUGGCGCAGCGCAGCGUGUAGACGACCAUCCUCGCAGUCCCGGCAGAAGGACCGUUGGCCUGGCAGCGCAUGGAGCUUCCUAGAAGCCGCAUCACCCUGGAAGGUCCAGCAGCCGCAGUUCGGAGAGUCGCGUCCGAAUGAUGGAGCAUCAGCACUGCCACCGCCGGGACGCCCCGGCUGCGAGGCAGCACCCUCGUUGGGACCCCUGGGGUCCGUGUCUGUUCUUCGGACGCUGUGAGUGUCAGAGCCACCGGCGUUCCCGUGGGCGCAGAGCGGCGGGCCUCCGGGAUGCCUCGGGUUCGUUUCCCUCACCCAGCUCUCCCCUGGGCUCCUCCACAGACUUCCCUCGUCAGCUCUUACUGGCACAGCAGUUCGCCCUGCACGCUUUGCCCACACCGUCUUCCAUUUGGUUCUUCGCAGAUGACCCAGUCACAUGGCUGGGCAAGGGGUGUUUCCAGACAGACGGUGCCUCCCAGGUCUGGGAAGGGGUGCGUUGUGUUCAUGAGCUAAAUCGCAGAACAUCCCAGCGUGGCGCAGCUGGUGGUGGAGGCUGACCCUGGAGUCCGCGCCCAGCUGACAGUGGCUCCGAGAAGCUGGGCUUUGUUUGAAGGUGGUGUCUGAUGCCACUUCCAGGCUUGCUCUGUUCCCACCCAGCAGCCUGGUUAAUCAGGAGGUGAGCUGCUGGAACUCAGAAGGUGGCAGACGAGUGUCUCGAAGCACCCUCUUCUCCAGGCAGGAUUCAGGCUUUUAUUCAGGAAGGAGGGGUGCGUGAUGGGUUACUGCAAACUCGGUGACUGCCGGCGUGAGCCAGCAAACGGGCCAGGUCAUGGGGAUUGCGACCCAGGGAGACUGCAGCCACGGGGACCACUGCGACACCCACGGUUGACAGAGCAAGACCGCUGAGGGCCGCAUGCCCCCCACCCGAUAGAAUUCCGCCCCCACAGUCUUGUGGGGAAAGGGGGUGGCGGUCGUUCUGGCUCCUUCCUGCUGAACAGGGCUCCGAGGGAGGGAUUGCGGAAUGGAGUGGAUAGGCCUGGGGCCGGUUAGCCUUUAACGUUUUAAUGAGUAAUACAGUCUCCUUCCCUACCUACAGCUGCGUGAACCUUCUGCAGUGAACUUUCAAGGCCCCUUUCCGACCUGGAGAACUUUCAAGGUCUCCAGGUCGGAAAGGAUGGGAGGUCCCCUCAGCUGAUAGGCAGACCUCUUGGAAGCAAGCUCAUGAUCAGGGGUCAGAACAGUGCCCAGUUUUGACAUCAUUAGCAGUGGUUAGAUGCUUGGGGACAUGCAGAGUCCCCGCCGGCAGACACCUGGAAUGGCCCACCGUUCCGCGUUUCAAAGGGGCUUCCUUUAAGCCUGCCUCUGGGAGCCACUCGGACCCGGACCCGGAGCAGGGCAACCAGCCAGGCCUCAUCCCAAGUGAAGUUAGUCUUCGGACACAUUUUAACAAGGUGCCUCUUUAACACAUGAUUCGUUUUCGCUGUCUUUGCAGUUGGUGGGGGACUCCACGGUGAAUGGAGCUUCCAGUUGGCGGGGCUUUAGACACCUGUUGAGUUUUACUCAGGACAGAGGCGGGCCUGUUACCACUUUGAAGGGAGUUCGAUAGUCCACACCAGGGCAUAAUUUCCUUAGGGAGGACUUUAACCACUUUGGGGGCUUUUCUGUCUGAGCGGGAUGUGCCUCCACCCGUCCUGAGAAAGUAUCGAGUAUCCACCACCCCUGGCAGGUAUCUGAAAUUUCCUGCGGCUCCAGGCACUCAAGUAAAGCCUGUUUGCCAUCCUCAGCAGGGCAGGUUUCUUCAUUGGGCCCCCAUCUGUGCAGGGCUGCAGUCUUCAGGUUACUUUUAGCUUAAGUCACCGACUCUGUGGGACGCGCUGGAUGUCCUUUGUGGGUUCGGCCCCACUGUGUACUUCUGAACCCAUCGUGAGGCAUCGUCUGGCCUGUGAUGGGCUCUAUUGCGAAUGUGCUGCAGUGCACGGUCCAUGAGGGCCUCUGGGAUCAAAGCAGGUGCCUGCACACUGCCUUUCCAGCUAGUUGAGGUGUGGGCAAGUGUGAGCCCCUCUCUCCUUUUCUGAAUACACAGGUGGUAUUUCACCAAGUCACUCUGGGAGAAGUGACCCUGUCACAGCUUGAUAAUCCCCUUCUUUUGCUGCUUUGCCACUUGGUCAGCUGUCCGGUUGCCUUUUAUUACGUGAGUUUCACCCUUUGGUGGCCUGGGCAAUGCAUUACGGCUACUCGUGAGGGCUUAUGGACUGCUGCUUUUUGUCUUUUUAGGGCCAUGUCUGCGGCGCGUGGAGCUUCCCAGGCUAGGGGUCAAAUCGGAGCUGUGUGAGCCGCCAGCCUACACCACAGCCACAGCAACACCAGACCUGAGCCAUGCCUUCUACUCACGGCAAGCCGGAUCCUUAACCCACUGAGUGAGGCCAGGCAUCAGACCUGCGUCCUCAUGGAAACUAGUCGGAUUUGUUUCUGCUGAACUGCAGUUGCCUGUUUUGUCUCUCAGGCAAAGGACCCCACUGACCUUGGAAAGGACAAAACCCAGCUACAUGACUUCACACGUGGCCUUUGCUGGUAGACCUCAUAUCCACAAGUGUCCACAUGGUGCAGGAUUCCGGAGGUGUUUUGUAGACACUUGUUCUACGAAGGGCUUGCUAUGAGCAAAUCGUCCACAUACUGGAGUAAGAGUCCUUCAUUCAGUGUGAAGUUUCUGAGGUCCCCGGCCAGCAUUUCCCCAAACAAGGAAGGGACAGUCCUUGAGGCAGGACUGUCCAACAGUACUGUUGGACCACCUGUGUUUCUGGGUCCUGCCAUUCGAAAGCAAACCGCUGCUGUGCUGCUUCUGCAAUAGGGAUACAGAAAAUAGGGGUGCAGAGAAACAUCUUUUGAGUCCAGAACUGAGCACCAGCUGUGUUCUCCCAGAAUAGUUAGGUACCUCAUGCUGCAAAUCUUGGACUGUCUUGUUAAUAGCCCUCACGUCUUGGACAAGGUCUGCUGAGUUUGACUUUUUGAUCAGGAGAGUAGGGGUGUUGCACAGAGACCUGCAAGGUUUAUAAUCAGUCCUAUUUUCAAAAUUGUUUCAAGAAUUGGCUGCAUUCCGGGAGUUCCCGUUGUGGCGCAGUGGUUAACGAAUCCGACUGGGAACCAUGAGGUUGCGGGUUCGAUCCCUGCCCUUGCUCAGUGGGUUAACCAUCCGGCGUUGCCGUGAGCUGUGGUGUAGGUCGCAGACGGGGCUUGGAUCCCGCGUUGCUGUGGCUCUGGCGUAGGCCGGUGGCUACAGCUCCGAUUGGACCCCUAGCCUGGGAACAUCCCAUAUGCCGCGGGAGCAGCCCAAGAAAUGGCAAAAAGACAAAAAAAAAAAAAAAGAAUUGGCUGCAUUCCCUUUUGGGCCUUUUGCCUCAGAGGAUAUCAUUUAGAUUAGAUGUCCCAACUUUCCUUGUAGGUGGAAUUUUCAGUGACCGGGUGACUUUGGCCCUGCCUUUUCAUUGACCUGGGGAGAGGGAGAGCUCUGUCUUUUUCUGGGGCAUCCAUGGCGCCGUCUGUUGGCUUAAAGCCUCUCAGGUUGUCCUGGUGAAAAAGUUAAUUUUGUGCCGUCCAGACCUGUACAAGUUUUCCAUUUCUCGUUUUGGAUUUCAGGUCGCAUUUUCUAGGCAAAAAAAAAUUUUUUUUUCUGUCCUCACCCACGGAAGUUCCCAGGCCAGGGAUGGAACCAGAGCCACAGCAAUAACAAUGAUGCUGGAUCCUUAACCCACUGAGCCCCAAGGGAACUCCCUAGGCAUAAUAUUACUGAUUUCUUCACAGACACUUUGAAACCAAGUCAGAUAAACUCCUCAGGGGAAAUUACUAUAAACUAGAGAAAAUAUAUUUUGUUUGGGUUUUUUGGGGCAGGGAGGCGUUAUUUGUUUGUUUGCUAUUUUAGGGUCAUACCCAUGGCAUCUGGAGGUUCCCAGGCCAGGGGUCGCAUCGGAGCUGUAGCCACCAGCCUACACCACAGCCACAGGAACACUAGAUCCAAGCGGCCUCUACAAUAUACACCACAGCUCAUGGCAAUGCCGGAUCCUUAAUCCACUGAAUGAGGCCAGGGAUCGAACCUGCACCCUCAUGGAUACUAGUUGGGUUCAUUAACCACUGAGCCACGAAGGGAACUCCCGUUGCUGAUUUUUUGGCUGCAGUUGCAGCAUAUGGAAGUUCACCAGCCAGGGAGCAAACCCAUGCCACUGCUGGAUCCCUAACCUGCUGUACCAUAGGAGAACUCUGGAAAAGACCCUGGUUUUAUCAGUUUAUAAAAAUAAACCUUUAUAGCAAAACCUAAACAUUUAUUUGAAAUUUAAUUCCUCAUACUUCCACCAUCCAGGGAAGAUUUUAUUUCUUCUUGUAAUUUUUUUCCUUGAAAUACAGGUGUGUAUAUCUACAGUGAACACUAAAUUUUAGACACACACCAAAAAUAUUUAUGUGUAGUUAUUUCGUGUCUAGAAAAGCAGAGUCCCAUCUAGUUCUCUUGUAACAUACACUUCUUACUAUAUAUAUAAUUUUUUGUCUCACUAUAUUUUGAACAUUUUGCUCCAAAAAAUGGAUUUCAUGUAGCUUAUUAAACUAAACGACCUUUCAGGAGAAUUGCAGCAUUGUGGUCUCCAGCAUCUUACCAGCCUUUGACUUUUUUCCAAAAGGAGAAGUGUUCCAUACACACUUCUGGGGGACUGUGAAUUGAUGCAGCCUCUGUAGAGUACUUUGUUUCUUGCCGUCUAAAUUACAAACCGGGGGAAGUUCCUGUCGUGGCUCACUGGAAAUGAAUCUGACGAGCAUCCAUGAGGACACAGGUUCGAUCCCUGGCCUCGCUCAGUGGGUUCAGGAUCCGGCAUUGCCGUGAGCUGUGGUGUAGGUCACAGACUCGGAUUACAUACUGGGUUGCUGUGACUAUGGUGUAGGCCGGCAGCUGCAGCUCCGAUUAGACCCUGAGCCUGGGAACCUCCAUAUGCCGCGGGUGUGGCCCUAAAAAAAAAAAAAAGAAAAAGAAAGACCAAAAGAUAAAAAUAAAUUACAAACCAGCCAGCCCUUUGUCUCAGCAAGCCAGUUGCUGGUUAUGAAUUCUCUGUGUCCAGACUGUUGGUGGCUUUUACUGUGGUACUGAUUUCAAAGGUAAAACCUGGGGAACAACCUCAGUGUCCACCACAGGGAGCUCACAAAGUGCUUUUCGGUGGCGCGAAGAACUACACAGACGUCGCAGUGGGGACAGUUUCGGGAACCCCUGGGGGAAAGCACCCAGGAUACACCGCUAAGUGAAAGAGCAUAGGACGCUCUGCAUGUAUCUGAAGGGUCUGCAAGGUAACUGGACGUGCCAGUUGUCUGUGGGGAUGAGAAAAGGAAGGGGAAUGAUGAGGAAUAAUUUUCACUCUAUCUUUUGAUAUUUUUGGAAUUUUGAAAUAUGUAAAAGUAUUACCAGUUUAAAAAAUAAAUUUAAAUAAAGCAAAACUUUAAUUCUUUCAAAUUAA